AUGGCCGAUACGCAACCCCCUGCCGAUGCCAACGUUGGCUGGCAAGAACUGAAGACCAGCAACGGCGCAAAGUAUCAGGUCAAGGCUAAUGACUAUGAAAUUUCCGACAAGCCAGCUCCUACUGACGACGAGCUCUCGGCUCGCGGCCCGGAGUUCAGCGAUGUUCGGCUCAACUGGGGUACGCACACCAGCGGAGCGCCUCCCCAGGAUGUCCAGGACAAGACUGGCAUUACCUGGUACAAUCUCAACAAGGCCCCGUGGUACUCUGUUUUCAAGUGGAGGUUGACUAUCAACGUCAAAGACACGUACAACUACGUGUUCACGGACCAGUCGGGCGAUACGUACAGCCUCGGUACUUGGCAGCUUGGCACUCAUACUGUCGAUUACGAUUCCUCGGAGCCUACCAUUGUUAGCAUUUCGGGCAACUGA